AAUAUUGUAGUGGUAAGUUGAAAAUAUAUCCACCGUCAACGUGGCGAGUAUUCCAUUUGAUAAAAAUUAAUGAAGCGGAAUAAAAAAAAUAAAAAUAACGUCCGAAUCAGCAUUCUCCAGAACCUUCCUGCGCCUUAUAAGGCUAUCCCCCACCACAAUUUCAAGUUUUCCACAAACUUCCCCGUUUUAGAGAGAGAUAAUCUUCUUCAUUCUCAUCAAAUCACACAACCUCACGAAUUUCGAUCAAUCAGUUUUUCACGAUGUCGUACUCCCGACGGGAUGUUCAUUCACCAUCGCCGUACAAGCGGUACGGUCGCUCUGUUUCAAGGUCCUUGUCAAGAUCAAGAUCAUUGUCGAGAAGUCGAUCAAGGAGCCGUGAAAGCAGUGUGGAGAAUCCUGGCAAUAAUCUGUAUGUGACUGGAUUGUCAACUCGUGUCACCAGAAGAGAACUUGAGAAGCAUUUCUCGAGUGAGGGAAAGGUUGAGGAUGUCCACCUUGUGACAGACCCAUGGACCAAAGAGUCACGUGGUUUUGGUUUUGUGACUAUGUCCUCUCUUGAGGAGGCAGAUCGUUGCAUUAAGUAUCUGAACCGCUCUGUACUUGAAGGGCGUGUCAUCACGGUUGAGAAGGCCCGAAGAAGGAGAGGUCGCACACCAACACCAGGAAGAUACUUGGGGUUGAGGACAUCUCGCAGUCGUGGCCGUUCUACGUAUUCACCUUACAGCAGGCACUCGUCUCGUUCGUCUGAUCGUGAGAGAUCCUAUUCACCGUACCCCAGGCGAGAUAGAUCAUAUUCUCCCUAUUAUAGCCGUCGGAGCCGCCGAUCAUGCUCGAGGUCUCUCUCUCCAUACUACAGGAGAUCAUCAGUUGGUAGGCGACGCUAUGAUUAUUCUCCUGAUGAAAGGUACUACAGAAGAAGGCGCCGGAGUUACUCCCGUAGCUACUCACCCAGGGGAAGGAGCUACUCACGCAGUUACUCUCCUAUACCAAGGAGAAGUUCAAGGAGGAGCUACUCUCGGAGUUACUCACCUAGACCAAGGAGAAGUUCACGGAGGAGUUACUCUCCAAAGCCUAGGAGAGGCUCAAGGCAGAGCUACUCCCGUAGCUAUUCACCAAGGCCAAGGAAGAGUACCAGGAGAAGCUGUUCUCGCAGUUUAUCAAGAAGCCCCAGUAGGAGCGUCUCCUAUUCCCCUAAGAAGUGCGAUCGGUCCCCUGAUCGUCACUCAUCCAGAAGCUACUCGGGUCACAGUGCUCCCUCCAGAUCUAAGUCUCUUUCAAAAUCUGCUAGUCCAAGGUCUCCUUCACUGUCUACCUGAACAGACUAGUUUCAUUAUGUAGAAUAAACGCUAAUCUGAUGUUGUCUUAAUUUAGAUACAUGUCCAAGGCUGAAGUUGAAUACCUAUUUAGGCUUUUGAUACUCUCUCUUUCCGUUGUAUUAUAUGAGUAUGUGAAUUUGUUGGGUUUUCUAAACCAGUGAAGUUGUAUUUUGAAGCAGCUUGCAGUUAACCUUCUGCUGGGUUUUAAGUUGUAGCAGACUGAAAUUUAAAUCUGGGUUUCUUAUUUGUGGAGCUACUGCUAUAGUAAAGAUUAUUGAAAAUAGUAGAAUUAGAAGUAAAAUGUUUGGAA